AUAAAGAAAGAACCGCUAAUUCUGCCAAGGGUUUUGGAAGUUUAAUGGUCGAUGAUGGUGGAAAAGAAUCCAUUGCAAAAUUAAUAGCAGAUGUGAAAGAUGAGGAUGCCUUAAAAUUAGCUCAAGCCACACAGAAACAUGUAAACCAAAAACGUAAUAGUUUCAAUAGUGUAGAAGCAGUGGGUCAAAAAUCUCUUACGCGCACCGAUGCGCCUCAGGAUCACGCUUUUUCUCCAUCUGAGACUACUUUGUCCAAUUCUAGUAGUUGCAAACAAAGCCUCGAAAACAAAUAUCAUGUAAUAUUCAAGAUCAUUAAUAAUAAAGAUGUAUAUAAUCCUCUUCUGGUUGUUAAAAAUCGAAAAGUUGACGUUAAGAAUGAGGGAAUAAAUGACAUUAGCUCAAUACCUGCUAAUAAAAUUAAACAAUCGAUAAGUAAAAGAAAAAUAAGUGGUUCUGAAUCCCACCAAAAAACUCCAAAUCCAUGGCACGUUACUCAUAUGGAAAUUCUAAAGGAUUAUGAACAAAGAAAUAAUAUUAGUGAUAUUUCCACUCCUUUUAAGAACUCAGAGUUACAAGGUGUUGAUAAUGAAAAUAAUGAUUCUAGAAAUGCCCUAUCUCGCGUAGGAUCUGAACCUAGUGCGUCCAAGAGAAAUUUACCUUAUCGUAGAUUAUCUCAAAUUUUUAUUCCUCCAUCGCAAGUGAAAGAAGAGCCAAGUCCUCCAGCAGAGGAAGGGCGUCGUGGUGGAAAACAUUCAAGAACUUUAAGCCUAAAUGGCAUGCCUUCACCUUUAACUAAGGAUGAUCAUCAAAGCAAAUCUAAAAAGGGUUUAUUAAGUUUAUUUAAGCGUAAAGAUAGGAAACAUAAUAAGCGAGGUCGGUCUGAUACCGAGAUUGAUGAUAAUGGAGAUGGUCAGGUUAGAACAAUCAAGGAAUUAGCUGAUCACACACCAUCAUCUCCGAAAAUUAUUUUGUCUUCGGGUGAUCAGUCUCCUAGAAGUUCUUCUGAAGAUGUGGGACCUUUGUCUGAAAAAGAUUUUUUAAGCGUCUCAAAUAAUAUGAAUAUAUAUAAUUCUGAGAUAAUGUAUAAUGACUCGGUAGAACAUGGUGUUAAAUAUGACAAUGAUAUGCUUGGAAAGCCAAAUCGUGAUACUUUGAUUGUACUUUCUGAUGACGCUUCUAUGUAUAUCGCUUCUAGCAAUGGUUCUUCGGCAAGGCAUUCUAUGGAAUUCGACUCGAUUAAAAAUACCUCAAUGGAACCUUAUUUAUCUUCGGAAUCAAAGCAGUCUAUAGCCGAAAUUUUACAUGUUGAAGAACAUCGUAAAAAAGUCGAUACUGAUGAAAAUGAUGACGAUGAACCAGAAGAUUAUGUUGACGAAACAGUUAGUGUCGAUCUUGAAGUUCUUCCACAAAGUUUAAGAGAACUAUAUCAAAAAGAUAAUAGUCGAUAUGUGGAAUUGAAUAUCAGAUCAAAUGAUGAUUUCAAAUUUAAUAAAUUUGUUCGUCGUAAAAGUAGGACUGAAUUCGAAUUAGAUAACACUUUAUAUGACCUUCGGAUAUCUCUUGUUGGAGAUGCAUCUCAUACUCAGAGGAGAAUUAAUCAGCAAGAAACAUCUGUGUUGAUUGCGCGAUGUGAUGAGUAUAUUGAAGAAGCAACAAAAUUGUUAGAGAGACACAAGGAAAUUAUGUCAGAUAGAAAUGAAAUUAUCGUAAAAAAUAAUUAUCGUUCAUCGUCACAAAGCCAAGACCCUUUAAAUACUGAAGGAUAUCACACACCCAUAGCGAGGGUGUAUGAAUUGAAAAAGAAUAUUGACGAGAAAACAAAAUCCUUGAAUAGUUCACUAGUCAAUAUUGAAAAUACAGUCAAUCAAUUAAAGACUCAACAUGAUAGUAUUUCUGAAGAAAUGAAAACGAUGUUUGAGAAAUUUGAAGGGAUGACACUUGCUGUGAAUCAUGAUUACUUUCAUGAGCUAAAAAUUCUUGAAGAUAAUAUUCACGUUUUAGUUUCAGAAAGUGGAAAAUCUCCUUGGUUAGAUAUAUUUUACUUAAUGAUGUCUUAUGUGCUUGCUG